ACAAGUGGUAAUUAUCUGUAAUUAGAAGUAAUAGGAAUCCGAUAAAUUAAAUUAUCUACCGGUUCCUAUGCGUAGCCUGGUUUACGUUGGACCAGUACCCCAACACUGCAAGUGUGUAAUCAAAUAAAUUUACUGUCUCGCCCAGAGAAUGUGUGCUCAAGAGAACACCAUAGACCAAAGACGCUACUUGAUUGGCAAGGAAAUUGGCAACGGUGCUUUCGGAAAGGUACAUAUAGCAGACUAUACUGACAAAUCCUCUAGGAAGAAGGCCCGUCUUGCGUGCAAAAUAUUCAUUGAAGACAGUCCAACGAACUGUCCUUCGAAAAAGUUUCUCCAAAGGGAGCUCCAUAUUCUGACCAAAAUCGAAAAUCCUAACAUAAUCCACGUACAUAGCAUACUCCGACAUGGGCCCAGGAUAUUUAUUUUCAUGUCUUUCGCUGAGAUGGGAAAUCUUUCAGAUUUCAUUCGGGCGAAAGGAAAAGUUCCAGAACAACAGGCUAGAAUCUGGUUCCGACAGAUGGCAAGUGGUGUACAGUACCUCCAUGGAAAGAAUAUUGCCCACAGAGAUCUGAAAUCCGACAACAUUGUACUUUCUAAACACUUCAACGCUAAAUUAGCUGACUUCGGUUUUGCGCGGUUUUGUGUCGAUUCUGAUGGUCACCCAGUGUUCAGUAAAACGUAUUGUGGCUCCUUAGGUUAUGCGGCACCUGAAAUUAUUAGAGGUACUCCUUAUAAUCCUAAAAUGGCAGAUGUUUGGUCUUUGGGCAUCAUCUUAUUCUUCAUGUUGAAUGUUUCUAUGCCCUUCGACGUGUCAAACUUAUACAGAUUACGAAAGGCCCAGAUGUCAAGGAAACUGAAAUUCCGGGUCCCGACAUCAAUGGCUGCUAAGUCCAUUUUGAAGCAAAUUUUAGAACCUGAUGUUACUUUACGUCCUACUAUAGACAGGGCACUGGAGAAUGAGUGGGUCACUUCCAGCAAUAAGAUUAAUCUAGCUCCUUAAAAGGCCGACCAAUACAUUUCGUACGCGCCGUAGCUCAAGCGGUUAGUCGCUGG